AGCUUGAAGCACCUCUGACUCCCUUCUCUGUGCAGAACACCAGAAUGUCCCGUCGAGAACGACGAGAUUCCGAUUCCAGACGACACUAUUACAGGUUCGACCGGGAACCCAGUCCCAAGAGGUCUAGGAGGGAUGGAAAACCAGAGGCUGAAAGAUUGCCUAGCGACAAUAAUGUUGGAGAGCAUGCAGAUCGGGAACAAAAGCACCGCCGCCGGCUUCAAGAUGCUUUACCUCUUGAGGCCUCUGAAGCACCUGAUUCCAAGGUUGAAAAUGGGGCUGUUGUCAGGCAGACAGAGAGAAAACAUGAUGCAAGCCAUGGUGAAGAGAAACGUUCUUCUGAUCCUACUGAAGUCCCUAAAUCCCGCUCAUAUUUUCAGGUGUUGUGUUGGUUCUUGAAUAUGCAUUUCUUUUGCUGGUUUCCAAAUGGGUUUUCCAUGAUUUAAGAGCUUUAGGUUCUACUUAUCUAGCUUGUUUUGAAUCUACUUGAUUGUUGAACCCCACAUCCUGAUUGAUACAAAAAUUGCUAUUUGCAAAACAGUUCCAACGGAUCAUGCCUGCCAUCCAUGGGGGAGUCUGGUACAUGGUAUGCAGAUACCCGUGGUCCUAGUUAGGCCAAAGGUUCCGGAUACACAUGCUAUCUAAAAAUGAAAAAAGGAAUCAAUGUCAUUAGACAUAUAUUAAUGUUGUUUGUAAAAACUAUUAAAUAAAUGUAGCUCACAUGAAGAUCUGUAUUUUAUGGCUUUGAUAGAUGAUAGGUGUAGACUAGAUGUAAUUCGGAGCAUCGUUUCUUUGAAGCAUAUACUUCCAAGUUGUUAAUAUUUCUGGUUUGGGUUUAAUGUCUUGAUUGAUUUGGUGAAAUUAGGAUUUUGAGUUCUUAAUAUAUUAUUUAGAAUGGAAGACCUUUAACCAACGAAGUAUAAUCAUGGGGUCAUUUUUAUGUUUUAAAAGAAAUGAGGCAAACUUGAUUUUAUUUGGCCAGUCAAAUAUAGUUAAUUAAAUAUCAUUUUGUUUACCAUUUUCUUGUCUUUUUAAUGUAAGCUAACUGUGUUUCUUGUAUUUUUUUCAAUGAUAAUGUGUGUAAUAUGCUUGCUUCUCUUUUACAAGCAAGCCUGAAGCUUGAUCUACUCCUCAAGUUGACGUGGAAUUGAUGCUAGCUCAUAAACAACUAGCAUUUCUGUUGAGUUUAAUUACCUGGUUGUUAUUCAGUGUGUUCAAACCAUUUUUCUGGCCUGAUGUAGCAGAAUUCUUGUUCGGCACGUGUAUAUAACAAUCUUAGGCUUGCCUGUGCAUGUCUUAUAACAGCAUGAUGAGCGUGGUAAUGCCGCGCAUGUUGGUCGAAGCUUUGGCCGCAGAGCAGCUCCUGGUCAGUUAGUUCUA